AUGCGACUUCCGAGACCACCACAUGCCCCACCGCUGGCGCCGAUCGCACGCGCGGCGGCCUCCUCGCUCGCCUCGGUGCUGCUCGCCUCGUCGCUCCUCGGAGGAGACGUCGGCCCGCAGCUCGGCCCGGCUGCAGCCUUUGCGUCGCAGCCGCUGACCGAGGAGCAGAAGCUGGUGGCUGAGGCGUGGCGGGUGACGGACCGCGAGUUUGUGGAUCGCGAGUUUGGGGGGCAGGACUGGUUCUCUGUCCGGCAGAAGAUGCUCAAGCAGCGGUACGACUCGCGCGUCGACGCAUACGACCAGGUGCGGGCGAUGCUGGCGGCGCUGGACGACAAGUACACGCGCUUCCUCACUCCGUCGGCGUACGACGCGGUCUUCGCCACCGCGACGGGCGGCGUCGUCGGCAUCGGCGUCGAGCUUCAGACCGAGACGGAGCCGUCGAACCGCGUGACGAUCAACAACGUCGUGCCGGGUGGGCCGGCGGACAGGGCCGGGGUGCGGCCAGGCGACGAGAUCGUGAACGCGGACGGGGAGGACUGCACGCGGCUGUCUGCGGAGGAGGCGUCCAAGUACGUGCGCGGCGCCGCCGGCUCCAAGCUGCGGCUCGUGGGAAUAUAUGAGGAGGUGGACCGGAAGCUCCCGUCCAUCUUCGGCCUGGCUGACGGCGGCACCGACGUCUUCCCCGGCACACGCAGGUCCCAGGUCGGGGCGGUCGCCCUCGGCAAUGUCUUUGGGAACGGCCGCGUCGACAUCGUGAUCGGCCACCAAACCUUCAACGGCGGUCCGCCCGAGCUGGUCGAAAACACGGGCAACCGCGGCUUUGGGAGCGUCGUCCCGCUCGACCCGCCAGGCUGGAUCGACGACGGGGAGUGCACCGACGCGCCCCCCAACCUGAACCCGCCCGGCCCAAGCGAGCGCAACGUGUGCGUCGGCAAGAGCGGCUGCGUGGAGAUGACGGGUGGGUACGGCUACUGGCUCUGCUGCUCCCCCUCGGAAGACGGCACGCCGUGCCUCCGCCCGAACAAGCAGUACGAUAAUCCGUACUAUCGCUUCGGCAACUCGCUCGAUGAGUGUCUCGCGUUUGGCUGCGGCGAGUGA